AUGAGGUCCUCAAGGAUCCGCCAACUCGCUCAAGUACAGCCGCCCUCGGAAAGUGCAAAGCAGCCAGGAGACAGAUUGGGCUUUGUUGGGAAGGGCAGCACAGGAGGGCCUGGAGAGCAGGAGGGUGAGUGUGACCUCAGUGAGUGUGAGCCCAGUGAGUGUGACCCCAGUGAGUGUGAUCCCAGAGAGUGUGAUCCCAGAGAGUGUGAUCCCAGUGAGUGUGAUCCCAGUGAGUGUGAUCCCAGAGAGUGUGAUCCCAGUGAGUGUGACCUCAGUGAGUGUGACCUCAGUGAGUGUGAGCCCAGUGAGUGUGAGCCCAGUGAGUGUGACCCCAGUGAGUGUGAUCCCAGUGAGUGUGACCUCAGUGAGUGUGAGCCCAGUGAGUGUGACCCCAGAGAGUGUGAGCCCAGUGAGUGUGACCUCAGUGAGUGUGCUCUCAGUGAGUGUGACCUCAGUGAGUGUGACCUCAGUGAGUGUGAGCCCAGUGAGUGUGAGCCCAGUGAGUGUGACCUCAGUGAGUGUGAGCCCAGUGAGUGUGACCUCAGUGAGUGUGAUCUCAGUGAGUGUGACCUCAGUGAGUGUGAGCCCAGAGAGUGUGAGCCCAGUGAGUGUGACCUCAGUGAGUGUGAGCCCAGUGAGUGUGACCCCAGUGAGUGUGAUCCCAGUGAGUGUGAGCCCAGUGAGUGUGACCUCAGUGAGUGUGAGCCCAGUGAGUGUGACCUCAGUGAGUGUGAUCUCAGUGAGUGUGAGCCCAGUGAGUGUGAGCCCAGUGAGUGUGAGCCCAGUGAGUGUGACCUCAGUGAGUGUGAUCCCAGUGAGUGUGACCUCAGUGAGUGUGACCUCAGUGAGUGUGAGCCCAGUGAGUGUGAGCCCAGAGAGUGUGAUCCCAGUGAGUGUGACCUCAGUGAGUGUGAGCCCAGAGAGUGUGAUCCCAGUGAGUGUGAUCCCAGUGAGUGUGAUCCCAGUGAGUGUGAUCCCAGUGAGUGUGAGCCCAGAGAGUGUGAUCCCAGUGAGUGUGAUCCCAGUGAGUGUGAUCCCAGUGAGUGUGAGCCCAGAGAGUGUGAGCCCAGAGAGUGUGAUCCCAGUGAGUGUGAUCCCAGUGAGUGUGACCUCAGUGAGUGUGACCUCAGUGAGUGUGAGCCCAGUGAGUGUGAGCCCAGUGAGUGUGACCCCAGUGAGUGUGAUCCCAGUGAGUGUGACCUCAGUGAGUGUGACCUCAGUGAGUGUGAGCCCAGUGAGUGUGACCCCAGAGAGUGUGAGCCCAGUGAGUGUGACCUCAGUGAGUGUGCUCUCAGUGAGUGUGACCUCAGUGAGUGUGACCUCAGUGAGUGUGAGCCCAGUGAGUGUGAGCCCAGUGAGUGUGACCUCAGUGAGUGUGAGCCCAGUGAGUGUGACCUCAGUGAGUGUGAUCUCAGUGAGUGUGACCUCAGUGAGUGUGAGCCCAGAGAGUGUGAGCCCAGUGAGUGUGACCUCAGUGAGUGUGAGCCCAGUGAGUGUGACCCCAGUGAGUGUGAUCCCAGUGAGUGUGAGCCCAGUGAGUGUGACCUCAGUGAGUGUGAGCCCAGUGAGUGUGACCUCAGUGAGUGUGCUCUCAGUGAGUGUGACCUCAGUGAGUGUGAUCUCAGUGAGUGUGACCUCAGUGAGUGUGCUCUCAGUGAGUGUGCUCUCAGAGAAGAUCUGAUCCUUAAAGUCCAUUCCAACCCCUUAACAUUCUAUGAUUUUGUGAUUAUGUAG